CAGAGACACCCCCAGCCCCAGCAGCCAAAACCACCCCCAGCGCGAUUAUGACUGACAAAGCGGCGGCUGCUGCUCCGAUCUCCAGGAAACACCGGCUGAUGGCAGCCAUCGCGUCCGGGGAAGAGAGCUCCCUCCCCGGCUCCACCAACGGCUCUGCCCGCUUGCACUGCUUCAUCUGCGGGGGCUGGAUGAGCCCUGGCCGGGAGCACCAGCUGCAGGUCCGGGGCAACUGCGGCUCACCUUCCUUCCCAUUCCUCCUGCAGCAGGAGCCGGCUCCCGGCGCCCGGGGGGUGAGCGCCGAGGGCUGGGUGUUGGUGUGCUCCGUGUGCCGCUGCUUCCUGGGCGAGCAGUGGGAGUCGUUCGAGAGGUCGCGGACCCCAGUGGACAAGCGCAUGUACUGGCUCAAGAGACCCCACCAGUGUGACAGCCGCAGGGGGUCCCAGGAGUGGAACCCCAGCUACCAGCCUGAAGACAGCCAGGUCCAGGGCAGGAGCAGCAAGGAGCUGCUGGAGUCCUCGCUGUCCUCCCUGUCUGACCAGGACAUCUCAGACCAGGAGCUCGAGCUGGACCACAUCUCACAGCGAGCUCGCCCGCAGCACCGGCCCCCUGCCCUGGGUGCCCCCACCCGGGCACAGCACUUCCCCGGGCUCCCGCUCCCGCUCCGCCUUGGAGGCUCUGCCCAGGACGCGGGUCACCUGGUUUGCCAGCAGCAGCCGCUGAACAGCCACCCAGCCGACGUGGCCCACCCGAAGGCGGGAAAGGGGGCAGAUUCCGACGCCCUGCCCACACCCAGGUUGUCCCCGCUGGCAGCUCCCAGCUCCUCGGACGAGACCCCGGGCCAGCUGACCCCUUUCAAGUUCAGCGACAGCAGCAACGCCUGCGACUACUCCUCCUCGGACGACGAGCUCCCUGUCCCCGGCGGUCAGGUGAGGGGGGCUGGUCAGAACGGGGAGAUCUGCGCCCAGGAGGUGGCGAGGGUCAACAGGCAGGCCAGGGAAGCUGGCAGCGUCAUCGCCAAGACCAGGAGCGCGGCGCAGCCCCAGGAUCACUCGUGUUUCAUCUGCGGGGCCAAGUUGUUCCGGAGCUCGCAGCACACGGUCCACGUCCAGAAGCAGGAGAGCACUUCCAACGAGCCCUUCUUCCCCUUCCUGUGGCUUCAUAACCCUCCCCCCGGAGCGUGCCCCCUGAGCCUGGAGGGCAGCACCAAGGUCUGUUCCUUCUGCCAUGUGUCGUUAAUGCAGCAGUGGCAAGGCUUUGAGAUGGCAAAUGUGCCCGUGCUGCAGCGGCUUUACAUGGUGCCCCUGAAUGCUGGCGUUUUGGGCGCAGUGACGAAAAGCGCCGGGGAGAGGGACUCGGGGAGCGGCAGGAAGACCCCUCAGCGGGGCUGCUAUCUUUGCGGCGAGGACUGCGGCAAAGAGGCCAAGGCUGUCCGUUCGAGGGGCCUCAAUGGCAGCGCGCGGGACAACCCCAUGUACUUUCCGUUCAUUUGCCUCCUGCCGUGCCCUCCCAGUUCCAAAGCGAUGACGGAGUGCGGGGAAGUCUGCUGCUGUAAGGUCUGCUACGCCGUGCUGGAGGACAUGUGGGCAGCUUACACGGUGUCGGAGCGCGAGGAGUUGAUCUCGUCGGCCCAGGCCUUCCUCAGGAGGUACCUACAAAUCAACGCCAGCACCUCUUGUCCAAACUCAUUGGCCCGCCAGCCUCUGAGGGCGGGUCGCACAUCCGUGUGCCUGCUGUGUGGCACGGAGCUGGAACCCGGGCGGGAGUUUCAGUUGAACGUCAAUCCUCCCAGCCGUCAUGGCGACCACGAACCCUUCUUUCCAUUCUUGGCCAACUGCCCGCGCACAGCCCAAGGCCAACCCGUGGAUUCGACUGGCCUGGCAUUUGCCUGCGUUUUGUGCUACCACGACCUGCUCGAGCAAUGGUGGCGUGGGAAGAAGUCUCAGCAUCCGAGCAGCCCCUGGUCCAGGCAGUACAAGGUGGACAUGUUUGUCUGCUUCUUCUGCAGACAGGAGAGAAGGCGCUAUCUUGGCCUGAAAACCAUCACGAUAAACCGACUCCCUGUCUUCCUGCAUGCACCUCGAGUGGCUGAUGCCCUUGUGGUGGACAAUGGCGAACACUUGACAAUUGGGACCUGCGAGGAUUGCAGAGCUAUGGUACUGGCUGGGAACUGCCUCAAACAAGGAAGCCAAAAGGAUUCUUUAUCACCACCCAGUAAUGCAAAGGACUCAUCUUCACCGCUUCACCUUUCCAGUUUGAACAAGAAACAGGCGGCAUUGAGCUCUCCUCCGGGCAGAGGGGAGAUUUCGGAGGAGAUUGAGCAGGUCACCACGGACACAGUCCCGGCACACUCGCCUCAGCUAACGGUGGAUGCGGGGAGUUUGGAGCACGAAACCACAAGCAUGAGCCAUGAGCCAAAGUCACCUUCACUAGGAAUGAUCUCGACUGCGACACGGACGACAGCUACCGUAAGCCCCCUCAACCCAUCCUCCCUCAAUGGCUCCAUAGUGCCCAAUGGCAGCCCGGCAACUAACAGCACUUUGUCGGUACCAUCGGCACACUCUGCCAGCUUUGCAGCCGCACUCCGCAAACUCGCCAAACAAGCGGAAGAGCCCAGAGGUUCUUCAAUAAGCAGCGAGUCCUCGCCAGUCUCUUCCCCAGCAACCAACCACAGCUCUCCUGCCAGUACACCCAAAAGAGGCCCGAUCGGACCUAUCCUUGUCCCAACUGCAGGUCACAGUGUUCCCAGUACUCCCCCUGUGGUGACAAUUGCACCGACGAAGACUGUUAAUGGGCUUUGGCGGAGUGAAAGCAGGCAGCCUGAGCCAGUAGCCAGGGGACCCAGCAGAGAACGAAUGCACACGGAGUCACAGCAUCAGUCAGAGAAGGGAACUCCAUCAAUCACAUCUCAUCUCCUGGGGACCCCUUAUGCAUUUGGUCUCACUCACAGCACAGUGGUUCAGGACUCCCGAUUCCCUCCUCUCAAUCUCCAGCGGCCUAUUCCUCAUGUGGUCACACCUGGCGACAUGCAAGAAGAAUACUUUCGCAGCUUCCGGCCGUAUCACACAGGGGAAGAACUCCGCAUGCCAACGCUGCCACCAAUGGGCCUCGAGGCAGCUGCUACUGCCUACUACCACUCCAGCUAUCUCGCACACCACCCGUUUCCUCACCCAGCCUUUAGAGUGGAUGAUUCAUACUGUCUCUCAGCCUUAAGGUCACCUUUCUACCCAAUUGCAACCCCAGCCUCUCUGCCUCCUCUGCACCCUUCUGCCAUGCAUCUGCACCUGCCUGGAAUGAGGUUCCCAGCAGAGCUGUCUCAUUCUUCACUGUCUGCCCUGCAGUCAGAGCGCUUGUCAGAGAGGCUCCAAAUGGAUGAGGAGAUCCGCAGAGAGAGAGAACGGGAACGAGAGCGGGAAAAAGAGCGGGAGCGAGAGGCAGAGCGAGAAAAGGAGAGGGAACGCGAGCAGGAGAGGGAGAAGGAGCUGGAAAGGGAGAAGGAGAAGGAGCGAGAGAGGGAGCGGGAGCGGGAGAUGGAGAGAGAUCGGGAAAGAAACAGGGAAAAGGAAAUGAAUGCAGCAAAAGCAAUGGAAAAUCACUACUUACAUGUGCCAGAACUGCACAGCCUGCGAGGUCAACAGAUAGAUGACAGAGUGAAGGCUGCUGAGAGACUAACGCCAAACCGGACAGAUAAGCCCAAGGAAUUUGCACUGACCUGCCCCAAAGCUGUCCAUCCAAAUCUGCACCAGUCUCCCAUCUCCCACCAUGCUGUGCCCACCCUCAUCUCCAACCAUACCGGCUUCCUCCCACCCGGAAGCAGCUCAGCGAUGCUGCUACAGAGGAACAACGAGGAAGAAAAAUGGAUGGCCAAACAGCGGCAGUUGCGGCAAGAGAAGGAGGACCGGCAGUGCCAGGUGUCAGAGUUUCGGCAGCAGGUGCUUGAGCAGCACCUGGAUAUUGGCCGACCGGGCUCACAUAACGAAGUGGAGCACAGAGACUCUGUUAGCAGGUCUGGUCACAGUCACCAUGAGCUUUGUAGCAGAGAUCAGCCCCAGCAGCUGGGAGCCCCGCCACCCCUCAUCUCCCCCAAACCCCAGCACAAGGAGCACCAUUCCAGCCCAGCCGUCCUCUGGAACCCGGUGACCCUGAUGGAUAACCACACCGAGGCCCGUAGGAACCACGACCACCACGUGCUGAACAACUAUGCCGGUCACUAUGACUCACACCGGCAGCCAGGCCCGCUCGUCAAGAUGGAGAAGAUCCACGGUCACGAGGAGAGCAUCAAGAGGCGAGAAGGCCCCGAGAAGUACCAGCCACCGCGGGGCCCCAGCUCCCUGGAGCACUCCGCGCACACUCACUCUUACGGUCCCCCUUUCGCCGAGCUCGAGAAGUCCGCCCAGUCCAUCCUCAACCAGCAGAGGAUGUCCAUGCCCUUCCCUGGGCAGUACAGUGACAUGAGUUUAUUGCACAAGUCAGCUCCCGCCUAUCGGCAGCCCCAUGGCCCACUGCGGGCGCCAGGGCCCAUGUAUGUCUAUGACGAACUUCUGCAGCGCCACAGGAGGCUGAUCAGCAAGCUGGACCUCGAGGAGAAGAAACGGAAAGAGGCCAAAGAGAAAGGUUAUUACUAUGACUUUGAUGACUCGUAUGAUGAAAGUGAUGAAGAGGAAGUUCGAGCACAUCUCCGUCGAGUCGCUGAGCAGCCGCCUCUGAAACUUGACGAUUCUUCCGAGAAACUGGAUUUUCUGAGAGUGUUCAGUUUGACCACCCAGGCCCAGAGGGAGGAGCUACUGAAGCAGAAGCGACGCAAGAGGCGGCGGAUGCUGAUGGAACGGAGCCCCUCGCCACCGCCCAUCCCUAACAAGCGCCAGGCACCCUCGCCACGGCCCCUGCCCACCAGCAAGUACAGUGCAGAUGAAAUGAACAGCACUCCUGACCUCGCAGAGAAGAAGAGAUUCCUGACGUCUUUUAGCCUUGCGCACAUACUCCCAGAGAAAAGGAAAGAAAAGGAGACCCUAAUAGAAAUGAUCCAUUCCAUAAAACAGAAGACACGGCCUUCGGAAGCACCUUUUAAAUAUCUCGCUCCUCCAUCAUGUAGCAGUCCCAGCUCAUCUCAGAAUGCUGCCGCGGCCGAUUCGUCGAACGUGCAUUCAGCUGCCGAUUCCGACAGGCCGCCGAGUGCCACCCCGGCUGUCCCAUCCCUGCCGGAACUGCGGAAGAGCGCCGAGCCGAUCCGACCAGAGCUGCCUAAAGCCUCGGAGGUGACCGCGAGGCCAAAGGAGCCGGGCCUGCACAGCGACAAAAGUAGGCCGCUCGAAGGGCCUGUUGGGAGCAGAACAGUGAGCGUACUGACUAAUGCCACGGGGGCCCUGCAGAAGGAGAACUCUGCUGCUGUGCACAGCCUGAAUGAAAAAAGCAAGCCCUGGGAAGUGUUCAUGGCGGAGGACUUUGCCCAGCAGUUCCACGAGUCUGUGCUGCAGUCCACACAACGAGCAUUACAGAAGCAUAAAGGUACCACGGCGACACUAACCGCGGAACAAAACCACAAGCUAGACGCUUCUGUCCGCUACAACAUUCCAGAGAUGCACUCCGCCAGUGGAACACUGUUUACACAUCAGAACGGCCAGCAUGCUGCCACCCAGACCAGGAAAGGGAUGGUGUGCGAGCGCGAAGAGGAAUCCGACAAUGAAGACGAUGAGGAAGAGGAAGACUCGAGACCUUUCCAUUCAAAAUGGCAGGGCAUUGAAGCUGUCUUUGAGGCUUACCAGGAAUACGUCGAAGAACAAAAUGUCGAGAGGCAAAUUCUACAGGCCCAGUGCAGGCGUCUGGAAACUUUUCACUAUAACCUUAGCCUGACGGCAGAACAGCUUUCCCUCAGUAUGUCGGAACUUCUGGCUCAGAAACAGAAACUUGCCUCAGAAAGGGAAAGACUCCAAUCCGAACUGGACCAUUUAAGAAAGUGCCUUGCACUGCCGACGAUGCACUGGUCUAGAAGCUACUUCAAGUCCUACCCAAGGUGACCCCCCUGUUAGCUCGGCCACAGCAUAGAGAAACUAUUUUAUUAUCCUGGUAUUUAAUAUUCCCAUUGGAAUCGAUACUCUAGGCAAGACCUAAGGAAACGUGCCACAUAUGAAGCGAAGGGUAAAUGGAUAAUCAGCCUUUCUGAACGAACAUUGCAAUGCAACCGAAACGAGACUUCUGGAUCUAUUUUUACAUAAAUUUGCUUAAGGAAACCUUUUUAUUUUCAGCCUGUUUGAAUAUCUGAUUGUCGUUAUUUUGUCCCCCCGCUUCCCCUGACCCCUUUUAAAAGGUCAGUUUGGUUUUUAGAGAGGUUGGGGGGGGUGGUGGGGGGAAGACUUAAUUCUGACCUCCAGAGCCAACACUAAUAUAUCCAAUGUACAUGCUGACUGGACAGUUUUCUGUACUACUUUGCUCGAGUGGCUUAUCACAGCACUGCGGGCAGUAAGCAGUAACCGUUGGAUCUCUCGCACGGAUGCCUGUAGCCCAAAAGACAAGAAACGGAAGAGCCUAAUCCAUUGGAAAAAUGCCACGAAUGCUGACAAUGUUUGAUUGAAGGACCUUGCUCUCCACCUCUCCUCUCAGAAACCCCUCCGUUAAACCUUCUGCUGUAAGCCUUGGCGAUCUCCUGCCCACUCCCCAUGCACCCCCUAACCACCAACCCGAAAAAUAAAAAUCACCCAAAAUACCGGCUUCUCCUCCAGGCCCCAACUUGUGCUGCAACUGAACCAGGCCGCAGUACAACAGUUCGAGACUCGUUCGGAUGAUUAGGCUUUUUAUAAAACCGAAAAAUGCACUUAAGGCAAUUGAAGGUACCUUUUUAAACCAGAGUCUUUUAAAUCACAGAGAUGCAUGUUACAGAGCUGAGUGUGUGCAUUAAAAAAGAUGACAGCCUAAAGGGCAGGGGUUUUUUUAAUUAAAAAUAAAUAAAAAGGAUUUUUCACAAAAGAGGUGCUUUGCCUUGUACUGUAUAUAAAUGAAAACAGAUUUUGUAUGUUUUUAUUACUUUAAUUAUUGUUAUUAAAGCUUGCCAUUUUUAAUAUGUUUCUGCUUUGGCAAAUAUCUUGCUUUUAGUGUUCGUACUGCUGCUGGUCAGGACAAAAAAAAAUUGAAGUGUUUUUUUUUUAAAAAAAAAAAUCCAAAAAAAUAUGGAGAGCGAGGUCGUUUUCACUGGUGCAUGUGCUGUCACUCUAGUUUUCAUGUAGCACCAGAUUAAGAUUCCUGUACAAGAGGAUGCAAAGCCUCUGCUGGCACCCCACCCCAUGUCCCCGUCCCUCCCUUCCCUGUUAUUUAUACGUGCUUGGGUCAGACGAGCACCUCUGCGACUUGUGGCUGUAUCAGCUGCUUUAUCUUUUCUCCUGUUGUACUGUAAUUUUUUUCCGUACCUAAUUUGCACUCGCCUCUAAUGGGCCACUCAAUCCCCUCCGUGUAAAGUGAAAAAGAAUGUCCCCAUUUUAACGCUUGGAAAGAUAGCGCUCGUUGAAAUUGAAAGGCAUGUAUGUGGUCGGCGUGUUUGGAAAAUUUCCCAUUUAAGGCGCACUCGUGAAAACACCCACUUGGUUCUCCCUGUCCAAUGGUGCAUUUUUGAAUACGAGAAAUAACUUCUAAAUGUUCCUCUCCUUUUUCUCCACAUCGAGCUGUAGAGCAUUGACCAAGGUGGCGGUGUGCACUUGGGGGAUUGUUCACUCUUUGGCAAUUGAUGGUUGACUGUUACAUCCUAGUAUUGGAGGGGUUAAAUGUGCAUUCUUGGCUCCCCCUCACACUCAGCCACUCGAUUGGGCCAGUAACAUCUUUAUAAUGGGUCUGAGUUAAGAGAAUGAUGUACUGUGAGAUAUGUGACCCAUUGUAACCAUAAUCUCUAAACUCCCUUCCCGUUAAUGCAAGAUCAAAGUCCCAUCAGAAAACAACUUUGGAAACUCAUAAAAUUGAGGCAUUAAGUACAGUAUCUAGAGGCGAGGGGAAAGGAAAGCAUUUCUAUGGGUAUUAAUGUUCUAUGAUUCAUGUUUUCAAGCCCUUCUUCCAUGCAAGAUAUAAACGGUGCCACACUUUACCCAAGGUUGGCUUUUUAACCUUGAGCCUUUCUUCAUGGAUGGGCAUGGAAAAUUAAAGGAUGGAAAAUUUAAAUAUAUCUGUUACUAUUCAUUCAAAACCUGUGACCCUGCAAAUGAGUCCACUUGUCUGCAAAGAUUCCAGGCUUUAGUCCAGGGUGGGUGUAGCAUUCAGCAGUAUUUCUCACAGAAGAGCUUUUCUUUCUAUUUUAAACAAAAAGUAUUCAGAGUCUCUGUCUUAGGGAUACUCCCCUCCACCUGUGUGAGGGAGGAUAGGUCCUCCAACUAUGCCUCCUCCCCCUACGUGAGGGACAAUAGAUACUCCCACUACCCACACAGAAGAAUUGGCACUACAUUUAUAAGAUUCAAAGAAGCUCAUCCAUCCUAUUUUAGUUAGUGCGGUGUUUCAGAAUAAAGGUUUGUUGAAACGGAGAGCUAAUGGGAAUGGUUAGUCUGAUAUUAAGCCACAAUUCGACUUGGCUAAGAACAUUGUUUUUAAAAAGCACCAAAUUGUUAUCUGGUAUUCCUGUUUCCCUAACCUCAGCACAUAGCAUAUAAAACAACAGGGGGAGGAGGAGACUGAUGGGACUCUGUUACCCCUGUUUCCCUGCCCACCUCCCCGCCCCCCCCCCCCCCGCAAGUAUUUACAGUAGUUAUUCUAUCUUGCUUAAGAGGCACAGCCAACAAUCUACUGGCUGAACUGUGCUUUUCUUUAAUGAGUAUGGGUUGCUAAGAGGUUAAAGGAAACAAAAAUCAGACGCCCUAAGAGCUGAGACACUUCAGAGGGUUUUUACUUGAAAGUGCUAAGUGAAUUGUACCUGGGAGUGCUGCUGCCAAUCACUUGGACUUUUGGCCCCCAGUGUCAGAUUGCAGCACUUCCUGAAUGAGUCUUGUGCCAUAUGUUGCUCCUAUUGUAUUUGCAGGGAGAGCUCAUUACAUUACCCGUCUUCCACUGCAAACAAUCCAGACCCUCCAUCGAUGUUCUGUGAUGGAGAGGUAAUACGUCAAACCACCAAUAGAUUCCCCUUCAUUCAUCAGGCUUGACCUGCUUGUAAAGAUAGAACGUUCACCAAAUGGCACAGUCGGGAUGCAACCUUCUCAAUGUGAUACUGAGCCAUGUGCAUUAGAAAGGUUAUAGAUUGAUGCACGAUGCCAAGCUGGGCCAGGAGUAGAAACUCGACGCGUGUCCUGAGUGAGGGAAAAUCAGCCUGAGUUCCUGCUCCUGAUCACCAUUAUGCUCAGAAUAAAUGUGUGUAUGAAUGUUGGGCAAGGAUAGAAGCUGAGCUCCCACACAUUGUAAAACUCUUCUGACGCACACUGCCACACAAGACAAAGAACUUGAGUGAGGUACCGGAUGGUGGCUGGUAACCCAUGGGACCGUAGCGUAGCCCAUCAGUGCUUGUGGAGUAUAGCAGGGAAAGGCAAGGAUACCAUUCUCACUGCUUUUCAACUUUAGAAGUUGAAGUCUAGAUGGUGCUAAUAUUCUGCACUGAUGAAGGUAAUGAAUUUUCUUCUAAUAACUUGGAAAUUCUGUGAUGGAUAGUAAGGAUUUCCUUUGGAUGCUUUAUACUGUACAGCAAAGAUACAUGCUCACCCAUACACUCCACUUAUAAGAUUUGAAUGUAUUUGCUACAGUUAGAACCUUUCGACAAGCCCCCUUUUCCCCAAACCCAAUCUAAGUUAAUACAUUUAUUCAGUGACCAUGACAGGUGCCUUCUCACCCACCAUGUGGCUCCAGUCAAUACUACUGCUGUACUGGGGCUCGGUUGCUGGCCUUACCACCAUUCCUGCAAACCCAUAUUGGGUGCAACCAGUAAUCUCAACAAGCUGGUUUCUCUCUUGAUGUGAUUUGUUACCUUAGAUUCACUUACCUUGGCUGUCAAAGCAUCUAUAGACCAACAUACAGAAACUGCCAUCAUUGUCAGUGUAGCUAAAUCAUGAUGCAUGACUUGAUUAAUAUAUGUCAUUGCAUUAUGCAAAGACUGGGAAAUAAUUACAAGGGUUUAAGAUGUAUAUUUCCAAUACACAUUAUAGCCUUGUUCUAAUACUUGAUGCCACGAUAAUCUGAUUGCUUGCUAAAUGUCUUUUAGUCUGCAUGGACUGGCAUUUAACUGGUAAAUCAUCCCAAGUACUAUCCAAUGGUUCUCAAUUUGAUCAUUAACUGCUGCAAAGCUCGUGUCUUCCCUCCUUACUGGAAUUUCCCUAAAUACAAUUACUUUCUUCGCAAUGAUUUUAACCUGACCAAUAUCUGUCCAACUUGGCAGACUAUGACUCAUAGCAUCUCCAUGAUAGCUACCAUUUCCCAGACCGCUGAAUGAUAAAAAAGCUGGUCAGUAGUACAGGCCAACCCAACGAGUGAGCAUUUGGUCUCCAAAGGCCAUUGAGACUCAGUCAGUUGCACCAAACAUAACAAUUGAAUCAAAUCUGUAUUCCUUGAUCACAAGAGCACUGACAUUUUUUUUGAAAGACAGUUGUGAACAUUUCUCUAAUUCUGAAUAGCAACAGUCAGUAUUUGGGUUUUGUAUUUUAGAAUUAAAACUGCAAAUGAUGAUCAAACUGUGUAUGGACACUCACUUGGGAAGGUUAACUUAUUCAUUAGCCAGCACUCUCGACUAUAAAGGACUCUUGGCUAGGGAAUACACAAUGUAUUUUACACUCAUUCAUUAGGGGAUAAGGUAUGCUGGUAUCUUCUUUUGUACUUUUGCAUAGUUACUGUUCAAGCUCUCGAACUGAUUUGGGUUUUAGUUUGAAGUGCAGCUGUUUGAUCUGGCAAGAGAAUCCUUAUGGUAUAAUGGAUAUGAAAAUACUAGCUGAAAAUCAAAACAAUCUAUCCCUUUAAAAUAGGGAAGCUAAAAGAUCUGUUGGGUUUUUGCAAAUUUGAUUUCUGAGGGACAUCAUCAUCUUUAAACUGGUGUUUUGCAAGACUCUUCAACUUCUUGUAAAGUAUUACUGAGGCUAUGAUGCCAUUUACCUUGGAUAACAUCGCACAGAUGCCAUCUUCAGGUGGAGUAAAAAUUGGCCUUGAUUAUACCACUGUUUGUAGGAGUGAGCGCUUGAGGGAAUAAAGUUAAAUACAGUUCCAUUCCUACCCCAUGUAAGAAACCCAAGGACAGAGAUCCGGUGGGGGUGGGGGGGAUGGGGUCAUGUAACUUUGCCAGUCCGAAGAAGAAUAUCAGUUUCUUCUGAGCUUAAAUAAAAAGUGAGCAAUUCCAGAUAAUGCUCUAACCAGCUUCUAACCGUGUAUCUAUCUUGAGUGCCACAGUAUAGCCUUGUUGAGACCAAUUGUGAUUUAUCUUCUGAGAGUUAGCACAGAAUUUAAUAAAAUGCCCUACAAAAACAAAUGCCAAUGGCACCAAGUAGAUGCCCCCUCACACUAAGACUGAUGAAUCAAUGUUUCACUGAACAGCGCCAUGUCCAUUCCCCACCACCCCCAAUUUCUAUAUUUAAUGCAGUUUGCCACCGAAAUGCUGCAACUAGUCAUGAUAAAUACCCAUGGGCAGUGGAAAUGCCAGUUUCUGGGCAACAAUCAGUCACCUGCUGCAGCAAAAUCACUUGCCGUCCUAUCUUUGGCCUCAAACCUGGCGAGAAUUGAGGUCAAGCACAAGAGAGUUGACAAACAAUAGUGUGUACCUUUGUAGCCAUGAUCCCUGCUUUGCAGUCAUCAGACCCACUGCUGAUAACCCACCUCCCUGUGUUGCACACCUGCUACUCACGAGCAGAUUUGCCUUUAUAGGUCAUUGUAACUAUAAAUCUGCCACUGGUUAGAUUGGACUUUAGCUCUGCACUUCUGUUACAGCCUGUGCACAUUCGAUAUAUCAUUUUCUUUUGAGGGAGAAGAUGAGACCUCCACUAUAAUUGGGGGUGCAGGUGGAGGUGGGGGGGGUGCUGAUGCUGUGAAAAUUAUGUUUUAAGUGUAUUGUUUGGAUUUAUUGUAAUGUAAUAUAUUAUUUGUUGAAUGUAGUAAUUAGGUAUUUAUGAAUAUAUUGCUGUAAUUUCUGACAAAAAUCAAAAAUAAAAUCAUGUACAGAGUGA